GGGUCUCAUCACAAACAAUGACAGUCACUCCGCUCACAGAGGUCAUCGCGUCAUCUGCUCAAAUCCUCUCACUAUCUGCAGCAGCCGAGUGGAGGGGGGAGCAGGCGGGUGGAGGAGUUGGGCCGGAUGUUCCUUCCACCUUUCACGCUUCACUUGAUGAGGGAACUGAACACAAAGUGUGAAGUAAGAGAGGCUGAAGUAGCCCGAGCCUUCAUCUAAACCCCCCCGCCAUGGCAUUCCUGCAGCAGAUGCGCUCCCCUCGCCUCUCCUUCCUCCAGACCGUCGUGUCCCUCUUCACGGGGGGCAUCGCCCUCAUGUCCCCCUACUGGUGCACGGGUCGGCAGAAGCUGCCCAAGCCCCUCUGCUCGCCCACCAAGCACGUCGACUGCAUCCCCGUUCCCGGCAUCUCCAACUCCUCCACCAUCCAGUUCUCCUGGGAGACCGGGGACGACCGCUUCGUCUUCCCCGUCUUCCACACGGGCCUCUUCCUCCUCUGCGAGGAGGACAUCUACGAAGACGCGCCGGAGGAGAAGUGUCGAGGGUUUUACACGUUGACUCCGGGAUCUGAAAAAGCGAUGAUGUGGCUGGCUCUGUCGCUGGAGAUCAUGUACGUGAGUCUGCUGGUGAUCAGCUGCACGCUGCUGUCUGUGCAGCUGUGCAUCCGGGCCUGCUGCCCCUCCACGCAGCGCUGGGGCUGGCUGCUCAACGCCUUCGCCGCCAUCUUCACCGUCCUGGGAGGUCUGCUCGGGAUGGUGGGUCACAUGAUGUUCAUGCAGGUGUUUCAGACAACGGCCUCGAUGGGACCAGAAGACUUCAAGCCUCACAGCUACGGCUACUCUUGGGCGUUCUACGUGGCCUGGUUCGCCUUCACCGUGUGCAUGUCAGCCGGCGUCUCCACCCUCAACAACUACACCAAGACCGUGCUGAUGGUGGGCCCCCGGCACAGCUCCAGCCUCAACGCCUGCAGCUUCAACCUGGUGGGCCUGCUGCCGCCUUACUACACCCCCGGGCACCCGGCCGGCGCCCCGACCCGGAUCAAACGGGCCCCCUCAUCGAGGCUCGCCCACCCACUGCCGCCGGCCCACUGCGGCGCCUUCCGUCCGCCCCCGUCCCGCCCGGCGCCCCCGUUCCACCGCUUCCCCGCCCCCGCUCCGACCCCAUCGCCCCCCCCGUUCCUCUCCGUCCACACGGCGCUGCCGGGCCCCCACGAGAGCCACUACGGGCCGGAGGAGGACUACAGCCCACUUUGA